AUGUCUGAGUCAGUGUUGUCUAACGGAAGGAAUUCCGUACGAAACUCGGUUUUCCGAGAGUUUUCUUUACUUUUAAAGAGGCACAAUUCGGAUCUUAGGGUACAAACUUCGGGUGAGUAUAAGACAUGGCUGGACCAUUUAGACAAGUCUCAGGACGUUAAAACACGUAGGAGAGAUAUACUCAAUAUCACUAAGAAUAUUGAGAAAUAUGAGAAGCGAGAGGUUCCUUUGAUAUGGGGUAAAGUAACGGAACUUUUGAAGGAGGAUUUGGAAGGGUCUGAGAUUCGGAUGCUCUUGGUGUUACUUUCCAAAUGCUGUGCACAUUGUGGCCAAGACAAUUCAGUGCGGUUAAUGUUCUACUUCACGUUGAUAGAUCUAUGUUGCAAUUUGGACGAUAAGAUAACGCUAGAUGAUAAGUCGUUUGGAGUUUCGUUGGACCUUAUAUUUGAUUGUAUCAACGAGUUGACUCAUCAGGGUACAGACAUAGAAUUUUUAGAACAGGAGGAGACGAUGAAUUUGGACCAUUUCUUGAAGCUGUGCUUGAAGAGUCUCUCCAAGUUUGAUUACCCGGUAUGUUUAUCGUUUCUCUCGUUGUUGAACAACUGCCUUAGAGUGCCCUCGUUCUACAUUGGUGGGUUUGAUGCAAUUAUGAAUUGCGCUCAGAACACGCCAAACCGGGAAGUGUUGGCUAGUUGUUUGCAUACUGUUGACAUUUUGAUACAUAAGGGUAAAGAAGAUAUGUCUGAUGAUUCGAUGCAAGUUUUGGUGAAGUUGAUAACAGGUGCUAUCAACUUGAAUGCAAAACUUACACAGCAACUUUUGAAGACAUUAGAUACUCUAAUUGAGUCGCCUUAUUGGCCCCAGUUUUGGGAACAGCUCAAACAGAUGAUAGAGGACCCUGGCACGCCGUUCCUGAAUCUCAGAGGCGCAGUUUCCAUACUUACCGAUUUGGCACAGCAGGAUAAAGAGGACUGGCUCAUUUGGUUAACAAAGAUAUUUACACGUGGUACCUCGAUGUAUGGGCAAAUACUAGAGUGCAUCAAGACGUUAAUCAACGAUGAUCACUUCAACAACAAUAACGCCGAAAAUCAUGGCUAUAUUUGGUUUAACGAAGAAAAUAUGUGCUUGUUAAAAAUGCUAAGAAUCGUUUUGGAUAUCGAUGCUAUAAAACAGAAUAACCCGUUAACAAUUGCUUCCAUAUAUGACAAACUGUUGGAUGGAUUAAUUUCAGGGAAGUAUGGUAUUUAUGGGUUCAAGGACUCUGUAUCAUUCUUGUCCUUUAUCAUGGAACACAAGGAUGUUCUUUCUGAAGAUCAAUUGUUAGAGUUAACGAAGUAUUUCGAUUCCUGUGAUGUUCCAUUGCCAAUGAAUGCAUUAUCACAGGUUAUUAGCAUAUUGGAUCCUAGCAAAGAUUUUUCGACGAAUAUUAUUAGAUACAUUACACGGAUUUACAAGUCAUUGGAAAGUGCUCAGCUAGACUCGGAGAAUAUUGUUAUUAUCAACUCUAUACUUUCGCUACUGACAACAGAAGAAUCUCGACCGGUUUUCGCAUCUUGUGUUGAAUUUCUUGUUGCAAUAUCGGGAUCAUUGCCUCCUGACACGCUAUUGGAAUAUGUGGAGGUGUAUCUUGUUCCCAAGGAGCCAAGAAGAAGAAGUAUAGUGAGUAUCGGUAUUGAACACGUCAAGAACAAGUGGAAAGCUGAAGAGCAAAGUAUAGGAUUAGCAAAACUAUUUCAACGCAAUUUGGACAUAUUCCCAUACAUGAUAUCUAUGUGGAAGUAUGCAGUGAAGAUCAAGGACGAGUCGGCUCUUAUGGUUCUUGUUCGUGUGCUAAUGAAAAUGAGGGUGGAUCGUAAUGAGAACUUUUACUUUUGUGAGGAGAUAGAUAUGGAUGGGUUAACUGCAACAUUCCGUAGAAACUCUAAUAUCCAAAGCAUACCUGAGGAGCAGAAACUCCUUUGGAAAUAUCCAGAAGAUGAUACUGUUCCAUAUAUUGACGGGAACUUGUUGAACCAGAGGUUUGAUAAUGAGGGAAACAGCAAUUGGAGGAAAUAUAUUGAUAUUUCGUUGUGGAGCGAAUUGUUGAUCGAAACGCUUCGGAAGCCAUUGGACUGGGAAGUGUACACGUAUACCUUGUCGCACUUGUGUCCUCAAUUGGCAAACUUUGAUCUUUUCAAAACUGAUUUAGCGAACAUUGAAACGUUGCACGAUGUUAUAUUGCACCAGUUGAGAGAAGGUGCCCCAAUUAAAAUGAGCAAUGGUGGAGCAAAUAAAAGCGACGUGCAGCUUGCCAUUGUGAGAACAUGCUCGUCAUUGUUCCCAUAUUACAGAUACUUGGGGAAGAGCAAAGCAGAUGAGAUGAUACAACUAUCGUUGGGAGUGCUGGAGACUUCGUUCGAGAAAACUAUCAUACCGUUAUUACACAACUUCACGAUUUCAUGCUACGAGAUCCCAUCCUCGAUUAAAAGGUACUUGAAUCCGCUCUUGGAUACCAUAUCGAUUCGUUUAACGAAGAAACAGGCGAUCCCCUCGAUCCUGGAAUUUUUCAUUGCAUUAUCAGAUUCUCCCACGAUCAUAUCGACGUUGACGCUCGACCAAUUGAAGAAAGUAUUCGCUAUAGCGUUCAAGUUGAUCGAGGUAUCUCGGGAUUUGAAGCAGGAAUCCGAGAAGGAACAGAACGUAACAUUUUUCAAGAAGGCAGGUUACAGAGAUGAGCAAGAGGCCUCGUAUUUCCCGUCUACAAUUGCGUUCGAGGUCACAAAACCGAUGGCGCAUUUUUAUCUCACGGUAUCGUACCACAUUAUAUCACAUUGGUUCAUCAGGAUCUCAUUGGAGAACCGGCCGAUGAUUGCUCCGUUUUUGCUGGGGAAACUAUCCAUGCUGGAAGAUUGCGACGAUACAAGGGCGUAUAAAGAUCUUAUUACACGCUUCAACAGCACCGAUCUGGAGCUUCGAGUGGAGACCGUGACGACCGAUGUGCCACAUGGUGGGGAUCCACGGUACAGUCAUGAGUACUGGUACCAUGACGGGAGGAUCGUUAGCAUUGAGACGAACCGUGAGACUGGCGAGUCGCUUGUUGUGAUGCGGGGCGCCUCAGGUAACUCUGUGUUUCGAGUGAGCCCCGUGGUGAAGCGCGAGCCGGUUGCUGUGGACCUAUUUGGCUUGAGGAAGCAGGCAGCUGCCGGUAGCCCGAAGAAUGGCAACAACAUAUUCACACCGGGGUACAUUGCAGCGCAAUUCAUCGGGAACAAAUCCUUGGGCGACAUGGUGCGCAUUGAGGAUGAACAUCUGGCAAGGUCGGUUCAGUUGUUGGAUACGAUCCCUGUGGUUGAGUUCCACAAGGUGGGGCUCAUGUACAUGGGGAAGGGCGACAAAUGCGAGCGAGAUAUCCUAAGCCAUAGCAUAUGGGAUGAUAAGCAGCAGGAGGGGGGUGAGGAGGAGGGAGGGGCCCAAUUCAAAUGGUUUAUCAACGAGCUGGGGACCAUAGUGAAACUCCGGGAAAACGAGAGGUCGUUCUAUUUUGGUGGGUUGGACGCAGACACGGACGGCGAGUAUGCGUUAAUCUGGCACGACCAAAAGUGUCAGAUUGUGUUCCAUGCGGUCUCGUUGAUGCCGAACAACGAUACGGAUCCCGAGUUUACGAUGAAGAAGCGGCAUGUGGGGAACGAUUUCAUCAAUAUCUUCUGGGACGAGCGGGACGAGGACACGUUCCCGUUUGACAUAAUCAAGAGCCAGUUCAACUUUAUGAACGUUGUGAUACGGCCAGUGUCAGUGUCCGAGGAUCUUUUCAAGGUGAAGGUGUACAGGGCUCGUGGAGUUCCCGGUAUAUUUUCUACGUGCCAUUUCAAGAUCAUGCACGGCAACCGGUUGGGAGCGUACGUGCGCCACCUUGUGACGUUGACGAACACGUUUGCGCACAUCUGGCACGAGACGAGCGCGCUGGACCAUUGCUCGACGUGGUCGCGGCGUGCGGGCCACAUCGAGAGCAUCCGGGGGAAAGCCGGGGCCUUGGCCAUGGGGGCCAGUCACCAAUACCCGGUCACGUGA